UGUCCAUUGAAAGUCUUCAUUCAAAAGAUUCUGCUAAGCUGUCAGCCACUUUAGAGAGAUUGGCAAGAACAGGAAGGCACAUCCCAACACAUCCAAGGAUGGCGACUUCAAGUGAGGCUGAACCACAAGUUUCACAGAAGAGGCAAAAGACAGAGUUGAGAAAAGCUGGGCCCUUCACCUCUGUUUCUCAGUCUACAUUCAGUACACGAACUAGCAGCCAACAUGCUGCCCCACACCCUGGUGCCGAUGACGAUUCCGUGUUGGCCAAGGCAAGGGAAAUCAAAAACUUUGUCAAGCAGCAGAAGAAGGCCAUGCAUCUGAGAAGUGCAAAACAGAGCUGGUUGAUUGUCCAUCAACAGCUCCUCCAGGACAGGAGUGAGGCGGAGCAGGUUCUACGCCAUGCAGUGGAAGACAUGCUGGAUGAUUUCCAGGAGAAGGGGAAAAAACAUGCCCAUGAUCGUGUCCCUCAUAAGGAUAAAGAAUACUGGCUAUUGCUAAAGGAAAUUUUAGAUGCACUCGAUGAAAGUGAGUCAUCUGUACGAAAGCAAAGAAGGGUGCUAGCUAACUGCAACCAAAAGAUGAGGAAGAUGGUGAAGGGUGAAACGGUCCACACCGAAAGUGACAGCGCGGGUGCAGUAUGCAUCUGGGAUAAGGUCGAUGAAGGAGGAGGAGGAGGAGGAGGAGGAGGAGGAGACGAAGCAGGAGGUGACUGCCAAGAACAAGACCAGGAGAUGUUAGAGUUGACGCCUGGAGGAGAUGAGCACAAGCAGGAAUCGCAUAACAGGCCAAGGGCAGGGAAAGCGUUGGGAUUGGUACUCUCGUCAAUGGCAGCGGAGUGGGAAGAAGCCAUUAGAGCAUUUGAUGAUCAAAUAGAUGUUCUAUCUCGGGAGAUCCGAACACUGUGCUCCUCAUUCCUGCCACUCAAUCUGGGUGGAGCAGACAUGAAGGGUCCUACCAAUCUACCCAAGAAUCUCCAUGCUCCCAGCAACUCCUCCUCCUCCUCCUCCUCCUACUCCACUCCUAGGGGAGGUAAAGUAGUGGGUAGCAAUAAUGAUCGAGACUGCUGGUCAUCUGACAGUGUGCAUGGUGCUGUACGGCAUUGGAAAUCUUCUGUGGAUGAGCUACUAGCAGCAUAUCCAUGGGCAGCAGGGAGCCAAAUCAUGAAGAAGAUGGAGAUGGGCUUUCAACUCUUGGACAAGAAGUUUAUAUCACAAUUAAGGAAGUGCAAUAGGGUUCGUCAAGACAACCUUGCCGCUGCUGGUGGUUGUUUCAGCGAGGUGGUUAGAGAGGAGAAAGAGUUAACGGCUUCUUGUCUUCAGCAGCAUGCUGAUGAUGUGUCAUGUGAGGAGACAACUGUAAUGGGAGGUUGUGUUGCCCACAUUCCACAUGAAUUUGCUAAAGUGGGGCUCAAUGGUGAUGGCAUAGGGUUGCGGGGUACCUGUGCUCCUGCGUGUGGCAGCGUGAAAGACAGGUGGAGUCCUGAGGAGCAUGCGGUCUUUCUUGCUGUACGCAAACAGCAGCUGCAGCAGCUGCUUCUACUUGAGCAUUCCGGUAAGAUUGGAAUGCGUGGUCAGGGUAAAGCCGGUGCUGGCCACUGCGGGAAGCAACAGCUUAUCAGAGCAGUGGCUGAUGCUCUUCCUCCGGGUCAGCACAGCCAGAAGCUUGCUGAUGUAGCAGCUCACGAGGAGUGGUAUCAGAGGCACCAUUUUCGUUCAAUCACCAGGCGAGCAAUCUGCCAACGGUGGGGUUCGGAGAGGGACAAUCUUGUCCGUCGAUUUGCAAGCAUACUACACGAGGAGGAGCAAUUGGUCAUGGGGGGGAUGCGGGCCAGGGAAGCCGUCACCUCUGCCCAAAGGGAUUAUUUGCAUCAGAUGUCUAAGGUUCGAGUUGCAAACUUCAUUGGGAAGCGGUUUGUGAGUCUGGAACAAGAGGCAGCAGAGAAGGCAGUCGAGAGGAAGAAGGAUCUGGUGCGACAUGCACAAGAGGAGGAGAGAGAAGAGAAUGAAAGAUGUCGAGCAAAAGAGAUGAUCGAACGACACAGGGAAGAUGUCACAGCUUCUCUGAAGGUCAUGGACGAAGAAAGGAGGCAGAUGAUGGAGGUGGCGGCAAUGGCUGCCAAGAAAGCAGCAGCCAUUGGAGCAGAACGGGUGGAGUUCCGGAGGGAAAGAGAGAAGGAGCGUAAGCAAUUGGCUAAGGCAGCUGAAGAAAAAGCACGGUUAGAAAGGGAGUGGAGAGAGGAGCUGAUGUCCCGACUUCGAGCAAAAGUGGCAGUCCAUGCCACUCAGGAUCCCAACAGGUUGCUGCAGCCGACUGAAUCUAAUAAAGCAGAAGGGUGGAUGGGAGACAAGCCACCCCCAAGAAAGCUCUUUCCAGUUCAUGGUUACAAUAUGGAUGAGUUGAAUCGCGACAGCCGUUUCAGGGUUGUAUGUGCGUUAAUGGAAGCUGGCCUCAUUCAAACAGCUUCAGCGAAGGAGGCCAUCCUGGGAGCUCAACCAUUUAGGCCACCUCGCCGAGACCAAGUUGUAAGUUCUGUUCUUGUGACUUCAGGUGGUCGGCAGACGGAGUGCGUUGGAGUAACAGGAGGCUUGUUGUGUUCCAGAGCAAUGGCAUCAAAUACAACUGCAGUGGAAAUGGAGGAUACCUUGCUUCCUGGCAAGACCUCUAGCCGGCCUUCUCACAAUGUGCUGGUCAUGGAGCAUGUGUCACCAGCAACACGUCUGCUUGAAAAACGGCGGCAAAUGUUUGAGGUCCAAGAGGCCUUGGAAGCGCAGAAGGCAGAAUUUGCAAGGUACACAUGAUGAGUAACUGUGUCCCGAAGUAUAGAAUCU